GGGAGAGAUAUGAAGUAUUUGUUAAAUUCUUUCCCAAUAUGCAAUUUGUUAAGAGUAUUGGACUUUUAAUAGCAUUUAUAGGCUUGGAUUUAAUUUUUUUUUUUACUUAGAAUCUAGUGUGAACAUUUUAAUUCGGCGACCUUCCCAGUUCCGCCCUCUGCUGGCGGAAAGGAGAAAAAGGUCUGCAGCGUCUCCUCCCCCACAGCUGGAGUGGAGCGAGAUAAAGACUGGAAAACACACGCAAGCCUCGGAGCAUCUCAGCAUGCAUCUCGCUCAGUAUACCAGCAACAGAGCGUGAAAGUGGAGGAGAGCUGUACAUACCUUCAGAGGACAAUGAAUGCCGGCUGAUAUCAGAGGUACCCUUUGCUUCACCAAAACAGCUCAGACCUGUCCAGGCAUGACGCCACAAUACCUCUGACGUUUUGCUGAUUUAUCUGGUACUAAGACAUCAGCAGCAGAUCCUCUAAAUCCUGAAAGUUGUAAGAGCCUGGCUGUUUUACAAAGGAAUGGAAUCAAGCCAGUAGGAAAUCCGCUGAGGCCUCCUCCUGACCUCUCUUUUUGAGAACAGAGGGCUCCUGGGAAAUGAAGGCCAGCAUGAAGCAGUGGCGUCUGGCGCUGGGGCUCAUGCUCACCUGGGCACUGCUCUUCCUUGCCCUCUUCUCCUACUUUAUGGAGUCACGUGUCGAUGAGGCCAUGGCUCUCUCACAUGCUGACGCGCGCCGCCUCACCUCUGUGCAGGGCAACACUCGCAGUGCUAUGAUAAUCUCUCGCCAGCUGUUACCUGCCACAUCAGCAUCCACAACCUCCAGAGCUCAAAAGGAGCAGAUACCCAACAGCGAGCAGGAAACUUACAUUUACCCAGAUUCCCACAGCCUAUCAACAUGGUCUUUGAGUUCACGCUUAGGCACUGCAACCCACAUGCAGGAAAGACAGGAUAGCAACCAAACCUUCCCUCAAUUGGUGGAAGACGAAGAUGUUGAAGAGGUGGUGGGAAUGGACGAUGAAGAGAACAGAAGCAGAAUGAGUCCAAGAGAAACCAACAGUUGGUUUGACUCAAAUGCAGAGGAAUUUUACUCUUCUAAGUCAAAGUCAGUGGUGCAUCGUUUGUGGAAGGGCAGCGCCUCGGUGGACAUGCUUAGUCCACGCUUGCAGAAGGCUGUAAAAGACUACAUGAGCACUAAUAAACAUGGAGUGUCCUACAGGGGACGGCGACAUGCACAGAGAAAUAAGAAACGCCUUCUGUGUGAGAUGAAGAGGAAGGCCAAAGUGAAGACCCUGGAUGGAGAAGAGUUACCCUUCUCUUCACUGGGCUGGCAGAAGAUCGUACCUGCAUUGCCCCUAGAGCGCCUCCAUGGAACAGGGUUCAGCUCCUGUGCUGUAGUCACUUCAGCUGGUGCCAUCCUCCACUCUGGCCUGGGAAAGGAGAUUGAUUCCCAUGAUGCUGUUUUGAGGUUUAAUUCAGCCCCUACCAAAGGUUAUGAAAGAGACGUUGGGAAUAAGACUACCAUUCGCAUCAUCAACUCCCAGAUCCUGGCAAAUCCCAGCCACCAUUUCAACAGUAGCUCGCUGUAUAAGAAUAUGACCCUGGUAGCCUGGGAUCCUGCUCCAUAUGCUGUCAACCUGCGUAAAUGGUACAAGAACCCAGACUACAACCUGUUCACGCCAUACAUGAAGUACAGAAAGAAGUUUCCUGCUCAGCCAUUUUACAUUCUGCACCCCAGGUUUAUUUGGCAACUAUGGGACGUGAUCCAGGCUAAUACACUGGAGGACAUUCAACCUAAUCCACCUUCAUCAGGGUUCAUUGGUAUCUUGCUGAUGAUGUGGUUAUGUGAUGAGGUUGACGUCUACGAGUACAUUCCCUCUCUAAGACAGACUGACUUGUGCCAUUACCAUGAACGCUACUACGACGCUGCAUGUACACUGGGAGCCUACCACCCUCUGCUCUACGAGAAGAUUCUUAUUCAGCGCAUCAAACACGGAUCUGAGAGCGAUCUUCGGACGAAAGGCAAGGUCACCCUCCCUGGCUUUAGGACCAUGCGCUGUGACCCUUGAACUCUGAUCCCUGGAGAAAAAGGUUGCAAUAAUUUUAAUGCAGGUUUGAGGUUCACCUGCAGGCAGUCCACAGAGAUAGACUCUGCUCUUUGGGCAGUUUUUAGUUGCGUUCUCUGAGCCUUGUGUGAUAUAGAGGUCAUCGGGUAGCAAUAGGUUCGUCAUAGAAAAGCUGUUAUUAGGUAACUGGUGAUUUUUAAUUAUUUUUUUUAUUUUAUUUUAAUUUAAUUUUUUGCUGUAGCUAGCCAUCAUGUGACAUCAUGUGAUGGUGUUUGUGUGCCUGUGAUGGAACAGUGAUGAGUAGUCAUUAGCAGUUAUUGUUGCCAUAUACAUACACACACACACACGUACACACGCACGCACGUGUGCGCGCACACAUAAAAUCUUAAUUUAUGCUCUUAUUAAAAAAGGAAUCAAUGACCUGAUGAUUAACACUGUUUUACCAGUGAUUGACUGACUUUAAGUAGAAUUCAGAUUGUAUAUUGUUUUCUGUUGUAUUACAGUUUUCUCAGCUGUACACAAAAGAAAAAAGUGGUGCAUGUCUGAGAGUACUGCCUGGUCUGUGCCAUAUAUUGUCUACAUUGUAAAUAACAUAGCUUUUCUCUCCUGAACGUUCAUUUGCCAUCAAAUGAUUGUCAAAUGAGCAAAAAAACAGGCGGGAGCACGGACGACAUUCUAUAUUACACAUCAUACAGCUGAGAAAACUAAACUUCCAAACAAAAUGUUCUGUGCUAAGUGGAAAUUGCCUUGGUUCAACAUCAUCUAAAGCUGUUAGUGUGUCAAUGAGGGGUUGACAAAUAAUUUCCUACUCUAACAAAAACCAUGCUCAUCGGAUUUUUUUAUUUAUUAAUUAUUUCCCCAGCCCCUUUAGCAAUACACCCAAUGAGCAGUGAUUUUGUUAAUUGUGUUCUACAGAAAGCAACCAGACUCCUCGGUGCUGCUUUCUAAAUCUUGUUCAGGAGGUAACAGGUCUUCAUACACUCCUGAUGGAGUAGUCAAAAGCGAAUGAAAACAAAUUUUCUUGUCUUUGGAACAUUUUUCUUUGAACGGAUUUUUACCUUCAUGUUGUGUUUAAAUCUGUAAAUAGAGCUUUUUUUUUAUACCGAUAGAAGAAAAUGUGCUCCCAUGUACACAUUUGUUUUCCUUACGUGCCAUUAAUCAGAAAUGGAAAUGACGAGCUACAAUUUGUGUGGACUAAAGGAAGAAGAACAGACGUUCUGUAUAUCUGUAAAUUGUGAUGGCAAAACUGGGAACUGCUGUUUGCUCUCAGGUCUAUGGUGCCCUCUCUAUUCAUCUGUUGGUUAAAUAUUUCAUUUGGAAACCUUAUUUGGUAGUGUAGUAUUCAAUUGUGAUAACUACCAACCCACCCCAUGUUGGGGUAUUGUAAAGCGAUAUUGAAUGUUGGGGGGGAGUUUGCUUCAUACCAGGAUGAUUUAUUCUGUGAUACUGCAACAAAACCUUUAGCUCUGCAGUUAGGGUCAUCCUGUCAAUGUGUUAGGGUUUUUUUGAAAUUUAUUAAGUUAAUCUUAGUUUAAAAAAAAAAACAACCACUUUCUGCUCUUUCCUUACUCUUGCUCUAAAGACAAAUCCUGUGUGCAUGUGUGUAUAUAAAUCUAUAUCUAUAUAUAUCUAUAUAUAUCUAUAUAUAUAUAAAUAAUAUACACACACAAACACGGUUUUAAUUAGGCAAGAGCAUUAUUUGCCAAAACAGACGAAUUAGUUAUAAACUACUCCCUGUAUUAUGUGCAUUCAGAGCAACACAUUGAGUUCACUUUUUUGUUGCCACUUUAAUCUGUGCUUCCCGAAAGAAUUGUGAUUUCGUUACACAGAAAUCUGUUUAAAAUACAGAAGCGGAUCAGUUUACAUUAAUCUUUUGUGGAAACUCUUUUUGAUUCAUUUUACACUGCAAAGUGGACACUGCAUGUUGAGUAGCAGGGCUUGUAAGGUGAAUGUUGGUAAAUAUAUUUAUUUGACAGUGUAACUAUAAUUAAGAUGUAAAGAAGCAAGGUUAAGGCUAACUUACUUGAAAUUUAUUGAAGUGGUUUAGGUAACAGGAAUAGAGUAAGUCAUAUUGGGCAGUUUGGUGAGAUCAAUGCACUGUUUUGAGUAUUGGCAAUAAUUGCCAAAUAAGUGUUGUGGUUUUUUUUUUUUUUUUUUUUUAAUCAGGUGGUAAAGGGCCUCUGUGUGUUUUGAGGCUGUAAUUGUCGGUGCUGUGAUUCUGUACUAUGGACUGGAACUGUGGUGCUGUGAACCUGUGCUAGAUUUCUUUCUUGAUGGCUCAAUACUGAUCUGCUGGUCAGUCUUUUCCAUAAUUUAUUUGACAGCAACAAUUUUCUGCAUGUCUUGUUGGCCAGGACACUGAAUUUGCAGUGAAAACAUUCCCAGUUCCAGCUUCAGUUGAAUACUGGGUGAACUUUUUGUUUUUUUAUUAUUUAAAUACACAUCCCUAAUUUCAGGGCAUGAAACAUGAAUCUACAAAAUUACAAGGUUAAAUUGUGAAUGGUUAAAAAUGAAUAAUGACUGGAUAAAUGUCCUAAAUAUAUGCUAAGAUCUGAAUGCAGUCACUUCCAUUUUGUGUUUUGUUAUUCUGUUUUCAGAAAGUGGCAUUAAAAUGCUCAGUGGUGUAUAGCUGGGGUUGAUUUUUGACAACAGCUCUAGGUGAGAGCACUGUAUUAAUUCAACAGCUGUCUGUUGGAUGCAAUAUCCUUAAAAUAAAGUUGACUCGCUUGCUGUUUCUACUUCAAAUUCAAUGUGAUGGCUAUUCUUGCCAAUACAAGACAGAUAAUCACUGUUGAGCUAUUUAUGGACUCUCGUGCUCUCUCUCUCUCCCUCACCACCACACAGCCUUUAAAAAUAUGACCUGAUACAAUUAUGAUACUGUACAUUUGAAGCCUGAUGUAAAGAGUGUACAUAGUUAAGCCAGUUAGCCUUCAAAAGCCAUUGAAUGCUUUUGAUGCCAUGUCUUUGUUCGUUUAAUGCAAAUUUGAUUAAUUGAUUAAAUUUGUGUUCAUGUUUUGCAUUUUCUAACAUGGAAAUAAACAUGCAUAAGCAAUGGGUGUAUUUUAUAUUACUAUGUUGUCAAACGAGAAAAGUAUUUUACUUGGGCCAGUGGAGUUUGUGACAAAAAUCAUAUUUAAAAAGAAAAUGUAUUACAUAAAGGCCUUAUGUAAUGUGUAUUUUACUAGUACCUGAAACGGAUAUUAGCUCUAGGUCUACUUGCUUUUUGUGUAAUUUUUUUUUAUUAAGAAACAACAUUUAAAACAGUGUGGUGUCUCAUUGUUAUGACACUUUACACUACUGUUUUUCGGUGCAUGGAAAUUGUGCACAAAACCUUCCGGAAAUGUUUUUUCAGUAAGCCAGUCCAUACCUUGAAAAUAACAUAGUAACUAAAACUCUCGGGAUUUGUUUUUGUCUUACCAAGUUCAAAUCUUCAAUAAAGCCUUCUGUUCACUUGUGAA